AUGUGCUCCUUCGACAUCAUUUUUUGUAGAUAGUUUUUAUUAGAAUGUAAUUUUACAUUAGCUAAUUAGUGGUUGAGCACAUUCAGCUGUUUAAUGUAUAAUACAAACCAUUAAUGAUGAGUGAGAUGUAAAUGAGCAUGCUUAAGUUCAUAAAGCAUAUUUUAUUCACAUAAAGACAACAGUUUGUUUGUUACUUCAACAAGGUUGUUGGAAGAUAUUGAAACAAAACUGGCUAAAUGGACAUGAUUAUCAGUAAAUCCCAGCGAUCUUAAAAUAACCAAAUUGUCACCAUUACAUACUUAAGCAAAAGGUGCUUUUGGGAAAUGUUGCCCAUUAGUUGGUCACUAUUAAGGAGUUGUCCAAAAAUUAGAAGUAUUUCAUUUGACAUUUUUUUAUAGAGACUUCAGACAAUUACGUAAGCAGUUAAUUAUCAACUCAUGGUCUUUACCUUGGAUGUAACUCCCAAGAGCAAAUACGUUUGUUUUUCAAGGAGGGAUCAGGGCUCAUAUACAGCAGAUGACAAAUAGGUCUAGUCCAACAUCUUUCAGCUUUCUCAAGAAUAUAGACCAAGCAUAAGAAAUGUCGGCAGUAAACAACAGUUCUUAUUGGGCUUGGAACUGCACCUACCCCAGUGAUUUGGCCCUUCCUUUGGUUCCCUACAUGGACUGUCCCUCCAACCGCAUGUACGCUUUCAACUUCAUACCUUUUGUCUUUUACACACUUACCAUGCUUGGAACAGUUGGAAACCUCUGGAGCCUGUGGGCUUGCCUGCGUCCAUCCCAACCUUGGAGUAUUGGGUCCAUAGGUGUACUGAACCUGGCUCUAUGUGACCUUGCUUAUCUGGCAUCUAUGGGACCCUGGGCUGUCUACAUUAGCUCCGACUACCACUGGAAAAUUGGCCAUUCACUCUGUGUGGUGGUGAAAAUCCUGUACUUCGGCGGGUUGACAUCUAGUACCAUGUUUAUCUGCGCCAUCAGCACAGACCGCUUCCUUGCAAUCGUCUUCCCUCUUGAGUCCCGGAUGAUCCGGACCCCUCGGAACAGUGCACUGGUUUCGGUUCUACUCUGGGCCAUCACCGGCCUCUUCAUCUACUUCAGUUAUCCUAACAUUCUCUACUGGGUCAGGAAGGAUGGCAUCCAUGUGUGUGGAGCAGUGGUGAUUUCCAGGUUCAGGACCACUGAAGCAACCUACAAUCUUCUGUCCUAUUACUCCAUUCAGGUUUCUGUCCCAUUGCUCCUCAUCAUUCCCUCCUAUGUAAAGAUAAUUUCCCGGAUGAAGCAGUCACGGCAACAGUGGGGCCCAGGCAACAUGCAAGGCCUGGACAAGACCAUCUGGCUGAUUGCAGUUUUCAUUGCUAACUUUCUGGUUUGUUGGGUGCCAGGGCAGCUGCUUCACAUCAUCGCCUGUAUCAUUUUCUUCAGUUUGGAUCACUGCAAAAACGCUUGCUGGGUUGCAUGGGUGGUCAACCUGCUCUCUGAAGCCUCCCAGAUACUGUACUGUCUCAAUGCAUGUCUUGAUCCUUUAAUUUUCCACAUGCAGCAAGGACACUGUGAACUGGUUGUGUUGGCAAACUGGGUUAGAAAGGUCUUACAGAUAGGCAAGAAACAAGAUUUGGAAGGGCCUUCAGAGGAACCUCCCCGUGUGAUCCAACUUCAUGGUGGUUCCAAAGACAGAAUGGGCAAAACUCAAAAAAAUGAAAAUGAGAAAAUGAUAUUUUAAAAGACCUCUGACACUUGUCGAUUUGAACAACUGUGAGUUGAUGUAUUUAAUUUUUUAAUAUUCUUGUGCUUGUGUUUUCAUGCUUUGUGUGUAUAAUUUAAUAUAAUGUAACCAUUAAUGUAAGAUUUUACUGAUAUAGUUGUUUGUUAUAGAUAAAAGGUGCAUCUUGUAUCUGUGUAUGUCUGACUCUGUUUCAGAUGUCAAAUGAAUUCUAUCUAAAAUGUGCUAGUCAGGUUGAGUUUAUGGUUGAAUUAAAAAAAAUAAAUAAAAAAAACUAAGUAAAUUCUUGGCAUCACUAGAUGGCAGACUUGUAUAAAAGUAUAGGUAUGCACCAGCCGUAAUCCAGUCCAACAAAUAGCCUAAAUGUAAAUUUGUUAUUGUUAGUAGCCUUUUUAACCUUUUUUUUUGCCAACAAAGGGUUAGGGAAUGAAGUGAUAAAUCUGUUGAAUUGUAAGCAGUUGCAUUUGUCAUUCAAUUACUGCUAUUUUCAGUCCGAAUGGCACAGCUGGCUGAAUUUGUUCUUCAUAAUUCUUUAUUUGUCAGCCAUAAAUACCCUUCAAUGUUCAUCAUGCCCCUGAUUUUAUGACAUUUUGUCUGUCCAUGAAUGUACUUGGAAAUGUACUUGGAAAAUGUAUAUUACAAAGUUUAUGUGCUUGGAAAUCUACAUGGAUAUCACAGAAUGAUGUCGGUCUA